GUGAGGUGCUGCACGCAGAAGACAUGCAGAUAGGGGCUGCAGUGCAGUGAGAACACAGAGACGGCAGUCUACUGAACGGUAGCUCUACAACAACGCCAAACAGCUAGCUGCUCUGGCAACAUUCCCCAUGCACUGCAGUUGUUGGGCCCAAUGCAAUAAUUUGGCCAGAUGCGGGGUGAUGUUUCUUUCUGUCUUUGUGCAGCUGUAUCACACAACGGAUACUUUUUCUGAUUAACAAUGACUGCUAAACGACCUUAUUAGACUACAAAGUAGGUAAGCUGCAGGCUAACGUUACGUAAGUUACUGUAUAUAUCUAACUAAGCUAGGGGUAGCUAACUAAUGCUAGUGUAGUUAGCUUAGCUCGCUAGCUACACAGUACUAGUAGUUUCGAAGAGUUAAAUCUGCCGUGCCUUGUCUUAAUUACUGUAGUAGUUGUGAAUUCUUACUAGCUGUUAGUUGUGGUCAAUUGUUUUUUUUUAAAUCAGGCCUAAGAUCCCAGCUGUAUGCCAUCCGCAACUAGCCAUGGUACUAGCUGAUGUUGAUAGUUAGCGAACGUUAUUCCACUCACUGUCACUAGCUAUUUAAUCUAGGUAUCUAAAUGCAGUAGUUAGUUGUGUUGCCAUUUAUUUUGGAGAGGCUGUAGCUAGCGAGCUACCCUACUACGUACAGUAAAGUGGCUACUAGCUAGGUAACGUUUAGCUAGCUAAAGUACUGUACUGUAAUCAAACCACAAUAUUUGACCACUCAACCUAUACACGACAGAUCAUGACACCAUAAACAUGUACAAAUAGCAUCGUUUGAUGCAAAAUGUUGAUUUUGGUCAUGUUACUUCUAUUCUGAGAUAACUGGUUUGCUUGCUACUCUAGCGAGUUUUUAGGUUUGCGGAUAAUGCAUAGCUACUAUUGUUAGCUAUAAUCUAGCUAUCAACUAAACCUGAGAUGAACGUUACUCAGUCGAUGAUGGCCCCUAGAAAAAAUUUACUUGGUUGCAUGUAGUAUUGUACUUGAUUAGCCGAUUCAUAUUUAGCUUAACAGGGUAGUUUUGUGUCACGUUAAAGUUCCUAAUACGCCUGCCCUUCUUACCCCACAGACUAGCUAGAUUUGGUCUCUAGUAAAAAUGAACAUUGAUGACAAGCUGGAGGGGAUGUUGCUGAAGUGUGGUGGGGGAGUGGAUGAGAGGGUGGGUAUAGGUGGUGGGGGCCUGGUCGUCAUGACCCUUGGAGAAAGGGGGUUAGCCAACCAUCCCCUGUUAGCUGAUGAUGAUGAUGACGACGACGAAGAGGAGGAGGAGGAGGAGGAUGAUGAUGAUGACCUGACUGAGAGUUCAGUGGCGACUAAUGACCUGGUCCCAACUGAUGAUGUAAUGGUACAUGAGGAAACUGUGAAGAAUGACGGAGAAGAGGGAAUGAUGCAGAGACUCAUACACAAGCUGCCUUGCACGCUCCACAUGCCUGGGGGCAUCAAACAAGAGUUGAAGCUGUCAUCUGAUCCACUGAUAGAAGGGAAGAAAGAGAGAAAACAGUCCAAGGAUCUCACAACAGAAUGUCUCAAGAAGAAAAAACGAAAACAGCGCUCUCCUGCCAAGAUUCUAACCAUCAAUGAGGAUGGAUCAUUGGGUCUCCAGAGUCCAAAAUGUCAUGUUUGUGGGCACUGCAACGCAGCCUUCCGAACAAACUACCAUCUACAAAGACAUGUUUUCAUCCAUACUGGUGAGAAGCCAUUUCAGUGCAGCCAGUGUGAUAUGCGCUUCAUACAGAAGUACCUUCUUCAGAGACAUGAGAAGAUACACACUGGUGAGAAGCCAUUCCGCUGUGAGGAAUGUGGAAUGAGGUUCAUUCAGAAAUACCACAUGGAGAGACACAGAAGGACACACAGUGGAGAGAAGCCCUAUCAAUGUGACUACUGCCACCAGUACUUUUCCAGAACUGACCGUGUUCUAAAGCACAGGCGCAUGUGCCAUGAAAUGAAGGAGAGGAAAGCCCACAAGGCAGUAGCAUCAGGGAAAGAUGGAGGAUUCCUGCACAACACUGACUCUCUAGGCUUCUCCUUCCCUGCCAAAGAAUGCUUGCUACCCAAGAAGAAACGCCAGAAGACUUCUGACAAGUCUCAGUGCUCUCUCUCAGCUCCAGCCACUGAAGAUGUUGCCACUGUUUCUUCUCUUGACACAAUGGACAAGGAGCUGGAGCAAAGGUCAAGCAAAAUUGAAUGCCCUCUGUUUGCGGUUACCUCAAAGGUGGUCAAAGACGAAUAUGUGGUAGCAGACUAUACUGUGGAGCUUCCUGACUCAGUCAGUAGGCGGCGUUUGGUGCUAGAUGAGGAGGAUCUGUCAUCUGAGGAGAUUCAUCCUCCUAAGCUGGUUCUUAAGAAGGUUCCUAAGAGAAGUCUAAAGCAACCAACAGAACCCGAAACACCAGGCAGUAUCUCCCCUUUGUCUUCUUUCGAACAUGGAAAAGUAACCAGGUACACGUUUGAGAUUGUAGACAAACAAGGUCUUCUGGAUGUGGAAGUGGCCAACUCCGGCCUGGAGCCAGUGGAUGCUCUUCCAGGAGGGCAAACAAAACCAGCACCCAGUAGCACCAACUAUGAUGACGCCAUGCAGUUCCUGAAGAAGAAAAGGUACCUUCAACAGGCCACCGUGGCCAACAACAACAACAAUCGCAAUUAUGCCCUUAACGUAAGCAACAUUGCGUCCCAGCCUUCGGUUACUCAAGCCGCAGUGGCUAGUGUCAUAGAUGAAACUGUUCCUGCAACCAUUUUGGAACCCCAGCCACUGAGCGUAGAUAUCAAGUCUAACCAUGAAAAAAGUGUCCUCUCUGAUGAGGUUCUCCAGACACUUCUGGACCACUACUCAAACAAGGCCAAUGGGCAGCCAGAUAUAUCUUUCAGUGUGGCUGACACGGAGGUGACCUCUAGCAUUUCCAUCAACUCUUCAGAUGUGUCUGAGGGUAGCCCGGUAGAAAGCCUGGGAGGUAACCCUCAGGCCCCACCAGCAGAGAAGUCCAGCCUCCUGCAUGAAUACUCCAAGUUCCUUCAACAAGCACUGGAGAGGACCAGCCAGAAUGACAGCUACCUUAGCAGCCAGAGUCUUACCUUUGUCACAGAGAGCCCCAGCCUCUCAAACCAGCCUCUGUUCUCCACUGAGAAACAGUACCCUUCACCCAGCAGGUUUACCAUUGGCACUGGUAGGUCAGGGAUGAACUCUCCACUACGGUCUACCUUGGAUAAACCUCAUUUUGGACUUCUUGUAGGGGACUCCCAGCACUCAUUCUCAUUUUCAGGAGACGAAACCACCCCCUCGGCUGUAUCGCCAGCCGAGGACUUUCUGGAUGAAGUUGCAUCCUCAAAAAAGAGUGAUGCUCAAGGGUUGCAUCAGACCUUUCAAAUCAGCACCUUUGAUAAUAACUUCCGUUCGCAAUUCCAGACCUCAUCACGUUCUGGAAUCACCUCCCAAUUUACUAUUGCAAAUGGACAAGUCAGUCUGCGAGGUCAUGGAACAGACUUCACAGAGUUCCCUCUUGAGACAAGAUCUCAAUUGAACUCUUCCCCUGAUGCUACAAACAGUCAAACAUUUGGCUGAGUUUCUUUUUUCUUCAAUCAUUUUCAAAGGCACUUUAUAUCCAUGUCUCUGUUCUGCCAAAAUAGGUUACACUGUUAAGGUGGCUGUUGAUCUCAGCUUUUGUGAUUCAGAAAUAUAAAAUGUUCUGCUAAAUUAAAUUGCUAAAUUUUGGGAAUCGUGGAAUAACUUUUAGAAAGCACUUGCCACACAAAAGCAAAUUUGGUUGUGAGGGGAAAAAGCACUCAUUAUUAGAAUGUAAAUUAGGACAUUUUAGCCAGAAUGCUUACUUAUUAUAAACUUCUCGUUUUAAUUUUGUUCUUUGAUGUUUUAUACACAUUUAUUCUUCCUUCUUUUUUCUUGCUUAGCGCUAACAACAGUUUAUUUAAAGGUUCUCUAGGAUAAGUUUAGCCUUUCGAUUCAUAACUAAUUAGACUGUAUAAACAGGGAAGAUGGGGGGUUGGGUGGGGCAAGUCAGUCCUAGAUCAGCACUAAUACUCUGAGACUGUCAAUACGGGCCUUCUUACCGUAUACCAAGUUUGGCAAAACUAUUAAUUGACUCUUCUGGCAAUGCUAUAUCACUGCUGAAAGCAGGUGAUAAUGUACAGUAUAGUGACUGUAAGACCACUGAAAUAUUUAUAUACAUAUAACAAAUUUGUUAAAGAAACAUUGACGUACUCAUGGUGCAAAGCCUGAAAUAUAUUAUUUUGAUUUGAUCAUAUGAUGACCAGAUGAUUGUGAUUUAAUCAGUCUUACUUUGAAGUCACUUUAUGCAAGCUUUCCCCUGAAAGAGAUUUAGCAUAUUUUGUGGUUGAUGGAGUAGAAUGAAAUAUAUCAUUCUUCAUCAAUCAAAGCAACCUCAGUAGAUUGUUAUAGCAUAAUGGCAGAGACAAAUCUAAAGAUGUGAUAUGUCUAAAUGUUACAGGAUGUUUGCACAUAAGAUCUUGAGUAAGGAAAAGUGACAGUAAUCUCUUUCAGAUUUAUAUGGUUUAUAUCAUGGUUCAGAAGAAAACCUAAAUGCCAUAUGUAUUUUUCAUUUAAUUGGCCAGUUUCAUUGCAUGCACUUAUCAGGAAACAAACCGUGUAUUAUUUCAGAUUUAUGAUUUGUAACAAGAGGUCCUCUGGCCAGAUGUUGCUAAUGCAUGCCAGAUGUUAUAACACCUGGAUAGGCAUUUUAAUUCCCAACUUUAUUUGUAGAUGAUCAACCGUUGUCUGGAGUGUUUUUAUAAACUUAGGUAAUCAUUAAAUGUUUUAUUUGUAAUUCUGUACUUGCUCAAUCCUGUGUUAUAGCAGGUCACUUUCCCCUUACAUCAUUGUGCUACAUCACCCAUGUCUUCAACUGAAAGAUAUCUAUGUGGUUAACAGAUUUAAAAAUUCCUAUCCAGGCCUUGUAAGAUCUGACACUUGUUUUUACCACAAUGCUGAAUGAUAAUGAAUAACAUGAAAUGGUAACAAAUGCCCCUGGGGUAUCCAGCUUUAUAGUUAUAUAAAAUAAUAAUUAUAUGAUGUUUGCACACACUUAUUGUAGAAGAAAAGCCCAUUCAGAACUACUUCCUACAUUGGCACAUACAGUAUAGCUGUAAAAGAUUUGUGUUUUGUCCAUUUAGACUCCUGUCCUUGAAAAUGUUAUCUUUAUUAGUUCUCAUCAGUGCCUUCUAAAAUAUGUCGUUGUCAUUUUGGGUCACUGUCAAUUAAGUGAUUUCCAUCUGUAUUUUGUAAAACCAUCUGAUUGAGCAGACUGGUAACUUUUCCAUCUUAUUGAGCACUUCCCUACACAGAUAUUUGAAAUAUUAAUUAUUUUGCAAUCUGCCAGUUUAUUUAUUUUUACUCUGUGAGCCUCUUACAUUAGUAAUAUUGUUAAGAUGGCUUUUAAUUCCCAAGAAAUUUUAAACAUCAUGCUUUGAUUUGCAUAAUUGCUGUUUAUUUGAAUUAAUGGUGUAUUCUGUUAUAUAUUACAUACUGUAUAACUUUCUGAAUACCUGUGCAUAGGCAGAGUUUACCGAAAAGGUUUUCGAUGUAUAUUUUCUUGUUGCUUGCAUUGUCACAUUUCUAUGGUCUUUGUAGUAACAGAAUUAUCAUUUGUUGCAUGUAAGUCAAAACCGUAACAGCCACUUGAAAUUUAUGUUGACAAAAUGAAAUGGUCUGAUAAUUUUUUUCCUUAGUCAUUUCUGUCUUGCUAUUUUGUCUUGCAUGAUAUCUGCUUUAUUAUUCAUUUGUCUUAAAAUUUAAAUCUAUUUUUUUAUAGAUAACAUAAUGUUAACUAUAAUGUCAAGUUUAUGUAUUCAAUUCUAGCUUCUGACUUUCUCGUUUCUACUGACAAUCAGGGACAGAUAAUACCCUUGUUCUGGAUUCAACAUUUAUUAAACAUAUACAUUUCCUCUGUAGAAUGUAAGCUAUGGGAAUUUGGUGUCUGCUGUAAAUAAGUUGUAUAUUUUUGGCUUGUUUAUCUUCUGUUCUGAAAAAUCUGGUGAUAUAUUGACAUUAGUGGGGACUGGUGUAAGUUCUUUUAUGGAAACUAUUUUUAUUAUGUUUUUACUGCAGUUUAAUAUUUGUCAAUGCAAACUUACAUGCUUUGUAAAACCAUAGCUUUUUGCCAUACAUUUUUGGACCAGAGCUAGGAUUUGCCCUGGGCUAAGUGGAAGAGUAGGCUACUAUAGUAUUGUAGAGGGGACUCAACUGUCAGUUUGAAGAAUGCCUGAGCUAUUGUCCUCUUAAAUUAAACAACAGAACCAAUCCAUGUCACUUGGGAUUAGGGUUUUGCAAUUCCAUGAACUUUUAAUAAAUUCCCUGGUUUUCCAGACAUUUUAUUUGCAGAUUUUCUGCUUAUCCUUAUUCAGGACGUUCUCCAAUUUGGAUUUUGGUUUAAAAAAAAAGAAAGGAAAAAAAGUAUUGAAAUUCCAACCCUACAUAGGUUCCUUUUGAAAUCUUGAUUGGUUCUUGAUCCUGGGUUGUGGUUAAAAAAAGCACUUUUGGGAGCAGUUAUAUUCACAUUAUUUGUGCUAGUGGGCUUCAUUAAAACAGAAGGAAAGCGGUUUCAAAAUCAUAAUAUAUACCCUUCCAUGUAUUUUUUUGGACAAUGAUGUUAAAACAGAAUUUUGCUCUAUAUACCACAACAUUUCUGAUUUGAAAUCAAAUGUUUCAUAUAUGGUGACAGCACACAGUGUUAGCUAUUUAAAACAAAAGUGACUUCUAAGUGAUUAGUUACUAUUAAUUGUUAUUGGACACAACUUCAUCUGAAAAAUAAAACAAACUGCAAAUGUAUCCAAGUUUGUAGUCAAAAGCA